AUAUGAAAUGUCUAUUUAUACGAGAAUCACAUCAUAUGUCUGUGUCUUGUAUUUGAGUUAUAGAUUACGACUAUAUGUGUCGCAAAUGUUGUCCACAAUGGGUCCCAAAGUCUCAGCGAUGGCUCUCUUUUUCCCCGAAACUCAAGUGACGGCCAAAGAGUUGUUUGAAACUAAUCCAGAUGUGUUGACGGCUCACAACCCGGACUCGCAGUUGUGUCAACUGUUGUCUGUAUUGAAGUCUUGCACCAAAUCUCUGGACGUCUGUAUGUAUUGUCUGUCAUACGAACCCUUCCUCCACGUCAUGGAAGAGUUGAGUCGUGACUCUAAUAUCGUUGUCCGGGUUGUGACCAAUGGUGACAAAGGAAGGCACACAAGUGGCUCCACCACCGGUGAAGAGAAGUUCCCUUCGAAGCGAUUGAUCCAAUUGUUUAAGAAAGGCGUCCAAUUGAAGGUCAUAUCGAUGGCCGACGAGGCGCUGAUGCACAACAAGUUUGCAAUCAUUGAUAACUCUUUGCUCAUCAAUGGUUCCCUUAAUUGGACCGAAAACUCUAUUUUCAACUCCUAUAAUGACUGUCUUAUCACAACUGAUCCGAGACUAGUCUUUGCGUAUUCGCAACAAUUCAAUGAAUUUUGGUCACUCGACUGAUAACCCAAAAAACUUCAUUAUUUAUAACAAUAAUUUCACAUCAAUUUUGUAUAAAAUUC